AUGGAAAUCUCUUCUUCCCCAUUUCAAGAAGAUUUCUCCUUCUUUAAUUUCAUUCAAGACUUCGAACCCAGUAGUAUUCCUCUUAGCAAUACUAAAAAGCGCCACAGGAAUGAUGGUAUUUUUGAUUUCAACGAUGAGAGUAACGAAUCGUCAGAGCAAGAAUUUGUGUCCAAUUUUUUGGUUUUUGAUGACCAACAAGAAGAUAAACCAGCCCAGAAAGCAAAGGAGAGUAUACCGACAGAGACAGUGCAUUCUAUGCAACCGAAUUCAUUUUUGGAUUUUGAAUUUAAGCAAAUUGAUCAAGAAAUGAACGAGGGUGGAUUUUUUUCGGAUUAUUUUCAGAAAAAUGAUAUUUUUAAGGAUUUUGAGUUUGAUCAAUCAUCUCCCGCAAAGCGUGCACGAGUAGAGACUAAUGAUGAUGCUGCCGCAUCGGACGAUUCUACAACGAUAGUGGGUGGCGGAGCACAGCGGAGAUUGUGGGUGAAAAACCGGUCUAAUGCAUGGUGGGAGCAAGUUAACAGUCCUGAUUUCCCUGAAGAGGAGUUCAAAAGGACAUUUCGGAUGAGUAAAGCUACAUUUGAUAUGAUUUGUGAAGAGCUCGAGUCUGUGGUGACAAAGAAAGACACUAUGCUUCGUUUGGCUAUCCCGGUUCGCAAACGCGUGGCGGUUUGUAUAUGGAGAUUGGCCACUGGUGAGGCUCUUCGAGAAGUGUCGAAGCGUUUUGGAUUAGGAAUUUCAACUUGUCAUAAGUUGGUGUUUGAGGUUUGUUCCGCGAUAAAGAGUGUGUUGAUGCCUAAGUUUCUGCAGUGGCCUGAUGAAAACAAGAUGAAGGAGACUAAGGAGAAGUUUGAAUUUAAAUCGGGGAUUCCAAAUGUGGGUGGUUCAAUUUAUACCACUCACGUUCCAAUUAUUGCUCCGAAGAACAAUCUUUCGGCUUAUUUUAAUAAGAGGCACACAGAGAGGAAUCAAAAGACUUCUUAUUCAAUCACAGUUCAAGGAGUGGUUGAUUCAAAGGGAGUUUUCACAGACAUAUGCAUUGGGUGGCCUGGUUCAAUGACUGAUGAUCAGGUCUUGGAGAAAUCUGCGCUUUUCCAGAGAGCAAAUCGGGGGGGUAUGAAGGAUGUUUGGGUUGCUGGGAAUUCGGGUUUUCCAUUAAUGGAUUGGAUAUUGGUUCCUUAUACUCAUCGGAAUCUUACUUGGUCACAACAUGCUUUUAAUGGGAAAAUUGAUGAGGUUCAGAAGGUUGCCAGGGAUGCAUUUAUGCGACUGAAAGCAAGGUGGAGCUGCUUGCAGAGGAGAACAGAGAUUAAACUACAAGACCUUCCUGUGGUCCUUGGAGCUUGUUGCGUCUUGCAUAAUAUAUGUGAGAUGCGUAACGAGCAAUUGAAUCCCGAGCUAAAGUUUGAUCUUUUUGAUGAUGAAAUGAUUGCAGAAAAUGGUGUAAGGUCAGUAAAUGCAAUGCAUGCCCGAGAUCAGAUUGCUCACAAGCUCUUACAUCAUAAUUUUGCAGGCACGAAUGUUUUGUAG